CGCGGCCUUACUCAAGCUAUCGGUGUCAAUGCCUCUACAAUCUCUGGUACCGAAGUUUCCGCCUUGUCCAUUCAGGUCCCCUUCAACCGCAUGCAUACACCAUGAGGCCGAGCUACAUACGGGGGAAAUUGCCCGUUGGCAGCCGGAUUUUUGGGAUAUUUCUUCGUACAAAGUAUGAGUCGAACACCGACACCGUAUCUCGAUCAGCAUUCAGCGAGCCGACAUUGUCUUGAAGCCUCUGCAUCAGCCUACUCUGCAUGACACCCUAUAUGCACGCGCCUUGUCACCUCUAACUCAUGCGUGCAACGAGUCGUUUGGAUGCGCGGCGUGACACGACGAAGGCCCGAUCUCCAGCCACAGAUGGGCAAGGAUGCAAGAUGCGGACGGCGGAAUGCGUGGCACCUCCAUAAACCCGGCGACGCUCCGUCGCCGGAAUGACAUCCACUCCUGGACCGCGUUCACGCUUCCAUCGCUAAUUCCUACGCGUUACCCUUGCCAUCUAAGCGCCCGACCUCAUCGAUUGGAUCUUAAAGCUGCGUCCAAGCGCAUCACGUUGAGCUCUCGGAAGUAACGCGUCCGGCGGAAUGCGCACGGCAGGCCGAUUGAGUAGCGGCGGCACCAUGAAGAUCUAGUGUCGGUGCCAACUCAAAGAUGACACCCCGCGCUCUCGACAACUGAUCGGAAAUCACGUCUCCACGUACCCUCAACCAUACCC